UCGGCGUCUUGUUGUCUUCGCGAUUGUGGAUAAUUUUCCGAUUUUUAUUUUAUUCAGUUCUUUGAAGUAAUUCCGGUUCAGAAUUAAUUAAUAAAACCUAUGAUUAACUAAUUUUAUACCAGAAUGGAUGUUAAAUCGUAUCUGCAUUCUUGGUGUGCCAAGAAAAGCUUGAACCCUGUUUUUGAUGUUCGUGCUACUGGUCCAAAGCACCGUCAACGUUUCCUCUGCGAGGUGCGAGUGGACGGUAUAACCUAUGUCGGUGCUGGUAACUCUACAACCAAGAAAGAGGCUCAGUUCAACGCUGCUAGGGACUUCGUUAACUACCUGCAGCGGACUGGGCAAGUUGACGGCAAUGAUCUACCGGAAGAAGUCCGAGUGAAACAAGAAAAUGAGGGGCCGCAAAUGGGCCCUGGUCCUGGGCCAGACAUGCAUAAUGAACCACAGAGGAGACCAGUUUUUCAGGAGGGUAUGGGUCCAGACAGCAUGGGUCAAGCGUACCAUGCGUAUGGUGGUCAAAAUCAAAACUUUACGUACAUGGAUCGUCUUCAACAGCAAAAGAAUGUUGAGGAAGCAGAAGACUUGGAUGUGAAUGCAAGCUUGCAUGGAAACUGGACGAUGGAAAAUGCUAAGUCUAAGCUCCAUCAGUUCAUGCAAGUCAACAAAAUCAACGCUGAAUAUGUCUAUAAGGCCGUAGGGCCAGAUCACACACGAAGUUUCUGCUGUGAGAUGACCAUAUACGUCCGCCAACUCGGGCGCAACGUGACAGGGCGCGAGACGGCUUCGAACAAGCAGACGGCUAGCAAGUCCUGUGCAUUGUCGUUGGUUAGGCAGCUGUACCAUCUUGGGGUUAUCGAAGCUUUCAGCGGCACUUUGAAGAAAGACAG